AUGGAUAUCCGACGGAGGCCUCCCAAACCGCCGGUUAACUCCAACGGACCUUACCCCUCCUUCCACAAGGAUCCCUCUCCUUCCUCCGACGAUGCUCACCGCCGCCGCACCGCGAUCGCUCCACCCAAAGCCUCCGACGCGCUUCCCCUCCCUCUCUACCUCACCAACGCCGUGUUCUUCACUCUCUUCUUCUCCGUCGCGUAUUAUCUCCUCCACCGGUGGCGUGACAAGAUCCGUUACAACACCCCUCUCCACGUCGUCACCAUCACCGAGCUCGGCGCCAUUAUCGCCCUCAUCGCCUCCUUCAUCUAUCUCCUAGGGUUUUUUGGCAUUGACUUUGUCCAGUCAUUCAUCUCCCGCGCUUCCGGCGACUCUUGGGAUCUCGCCGAUACAACCGAUGCCGACAGGAAUUUCCUCAUCAACGACGAUCACCGCCUCGUCACCUGCUCUCCUCCUCCACCGAUCGUCUCCGUCGCCAAAUUACCCAAUUCAGAGCCGAUUGUGAACGAAUCGCUUCCCGAGGAAGACGAGGAGAUUGUGAAAUCAGUCAUCGGCGGCGUGAUCCCGUCGUAUUCGCUCGAAUCUCGUCUCGGCGAUUGCAAGCGAGCUGCGUCGAUCCGGCGCGAAGCUCUGCAGAGGAUAACCGGAAGAUCGAUCGAAGGAUUACCGUUGGAUGGAUUUGAUUACGAAUCGAUUUUGGGGCAAUGCUGUGAGAUGCCUGUAGGAUACGUCCAGAUUCCGGUGGGGAUCGCUGGACCAUUGCUGCUCGACGGCUGCGAAUACUCCGUUCCGAUGGCAACAACGGAAGGAUGUCUCGUUGCUAGCACCAACAGAGGCUGCAAGGCCAUGUACGUCUCCGGCGGAGCCACCAGUACGGUUCUCAAGGACGGUAUGACCCGAGCACCCGUCGUCCGGUUCGCGUCGGCUAGACGAGCUGCUGAGCUCAAGUUUUUCUUGGAGAAUCCAGAGAACUUCGACACCUUGGCCGUCGUUUUCAACAGGUCAAGUAGAUUCGCUAGGCUGCAAAAUGUUAAGUGCACAAUCGCCGGAAAGAAUGCUUAUGUAAGGUUCAGUUGUAGCACCGGUGAUGCCAUGGGGAUGAAUAUGGUUUCCAAAGGUGUCCAGAAUGUUCUUGAAUUCCUCACCGAUGAUUUCCCCGACAUGGACGUCAUUGGAAUCUCCGGUAACUUCUGCUCGGACAAGAAACCGGCGGCAGUGAACUGGAUCGAGGGACGUGGAAAAUCAGUGGUUUGCGAGGCGGUGAUCAGAGGAGAGAUAGUUAACAAAGUGUUGAAAACGAGCGUGGCUGCUUUGGUGGAGCUGAACAUGCUCAAGAACCUAACUGGCUCUGCGAUUGCAGGGUCUCUAGGUGGAUUCAACGCGCACGCAAGCAACAUAGUCUCAGCUGUAUUUAUAGCCACUGGCCAAGAUCCAGCUCAGAACGUUGAGAGCUCUCAAUGCAUCACGAUGAUGGAAGCCAUCAACGACGGCAAAGAUAUCCAUAUCUCUGUCACUAUGCCUUCUAUUGAGGUGGGGACAGUGGGAGGAGGAACACAGCUGGCGUCACAAUCGGCGUGUUUAAACCUGCUGGGAGUGAAAGGGGCGAGCACGGAGGCGCCGGGGAUGAAUGCGAGGAGGCUAGCGACGAUAGUGGCCGGAGCAGUGUUGGCCGGAGAGUUAUCGCUAAUGUCAGCAAUAGCAGCUGGACAACUGGUGAGGAGUCACAUGAAGUACAAUAGAUCUAGCCGAGACAUAUCUGGAGCAACCACAGCAACAACAACAACAUGA